AUCAACAAUGGAGUCGUCGUUGGUGAGGGGCUAGCUCUGAGCCGUCCGGAUCCUACAAUCGUAUAUGCCUAUAAUUUUACGCAUAUGAAACUGGAAUGCCGUUUCUUGAAUGACAAUAGAGUUGACUGAAGGAUUUGCAGGUAGCUGAGCACAAGGCAUAGAAAUUGCUCUUACAUAAUGAAUCUCAGAAACCUGCUGUAGUGUAUCGUAGCAAUUCAGUAUUCGGGCAAAAGCAAAUGGCAAAAGUUUUCUGUGAUUUUCGGUUCCUUCUCUUGGUUGCAGCUGGCGUGUUCAUCUAUAUUCAGAUGAGGCUUUUCGCAACCCAAUCAGAAUAUGCCGAUCGCCUCGCUGCAGCUAUUGAAUCUGAAAACCAUUGUACAAGUCAAAUGAGAUCACUGAUUGAUCAGAUUAGCUUGCAGCAAGGACGAAUUGUGGCCCUAGAAGGGUGGGGAGUAAAAUGCGGAUUGGCAAGAAUAUUGUGAAGCAAACCAUAAGUCGAUUUGCUGGGUUCUGAGCUGAUGUUGAUCAAACUAAACCUCUACUAGUGUUGUUCAAAGUCCGAGGGAGGACAUUCAGGGUGGAGUCUAAGGGCCUCCAUCUCUUGUGUCUUCCUUGCAGAAAUUUGGACACUACCUUAAAGGUUUACUGGAUAGCCCACUUGAGAUGAAGGUUUAUUGGAGAAGAGAGGAAACGUCGAGAUGAAGAAUGCAGACAAAUGAAAUCUCUUGUACAAGAUCUUGAAAGAAAAGACCUGCAGAGGCUGAUCAAUAAAGUGCAGGUUCCAGUGGCAGCUGUUGUGAUCAUGGCAUGUAAUCGUGCUGAUUACCUAGAGAGGACUAUUAAUUCUGUAUUGAAAUAUCAAAGGCACAUUUCUACAAGAUAUCCUUUAUUUGUAUCUCAGGAUGGAUCAAAUCCAGAUGUUAAAAGUAAGGCUUUGAGCUAUGAUCAGUUAUCAUAUAUGCAGCACUUGAAUUUUGAACCAGUUCAAACUGAACAGCCAGGAGAAUUAAUUGCUUACUACAAAAUUGCAAGUCAUUAUAAAUGGGCUCUAGAUCAACUGUUCUACAAGCAUAACUUCAGUCGAGUAAUCAUCCUUGAAGAUGACAUGGAGAUAGCACCUGAUUUUUUUGAUUAUUUUGAAGCUGCUGUGACUCUCCUUGACAAGGAUAAGUCCAUUAUGGCUGUUUCCUCAUGGAAUGACAAUGGACAAAAGCAGUUUGUACAUGAUCCAUAUGAACUUUAUCGCUCAGAUUUCUUUCCUGGACUAGGAUGGAUGCUGGCUAAAUCUACAUGGGAUGAGCUAUCACCAAAAUGGCCAAAAGCUUACUGGGAUGACUGGUUGAGAUUGAAAGAGAAUCACAAAGGACGACAGUUUAUCCGACCAGAAGUAUGCAGAACAUAUAAUUUUGGCGAGCAUGGUUCUAGUUUGGGACAGUUUUUUAAGCAAUAUCUAGAGCCAAUCAAGCUGAAUGAAGUCCAGGUUGAUUGGAAGUCAAUGGACUUGAGCUAUUUACUGGAGGAUAAAUAUUCUGUGCACUUUGCAAAUAUCGUAAAGAAAGCUAAACCUGUCUAUGGAGCUGACAUGGUUCUAAAGGCAUAUAACAUAGAUGGCGAUGUGCGCAUUAAAUAUAAAGAUCAGUCAGACUUUGAAAACAUUGCUCGUCAAUUUGGUAUAUUUCAAGAGUGGAAGGAUGGUGUACCCAGGACAGCCUAUAAAGGAGUAGUUGUUUUCAGAUAUCAUACACGGCGUAUAUUCCUUGUUGGUCCAGAAUCUUUGAAGUUACUUCAGAUUGAAAAUGCUGGAUGAGGAAGAAACAUAUUCUUGUUUUCAGACAUCAAUGGAAGAGUUGCUGAGUUAUUGAUAUUGAGCCUAAAAUGACAUGAUAAUGUGGAUACUUCCAUUGUCAAAUCCACUGCUUAAAACAGGCUAUAGUCUGCGCUGUAAGUGUUACAAAUGCAUACGAAAAUGAGAAGGGAUAAAAUUAUGGCCAUCAUCCCAUGUAUCUUGUUGAGAUUGAAAUUGUCUUAUGGUGCAGACUUAGUGGGGCCCUAGAAAGGUCAUGGGAGUCUCAUAUUCUUAUUCUUCAUUCAUGUCCUAGUGAUGGAAAAGGUCUAAUUUUAAGGGUAUUGUAGUUUUUCACUUCGAAG